AUGUACACCCCAAAAACGUACAGAGAAAGAGAAGAAAAAGAAAAAGAAAAAGAAGAGACAGAAAAAGAAAAAGGAGACAGAAAAAAAACAGGAGACAGAAAACAAAUGCUGCAGGCGGCGCUUAUCCUCACAACAAACAAACCCUCGCUGUCUUCCCCCUGCAGCAGCAGCAGCAGCAGCAGCAGCAGCAGCAGCAGCAGCAGCAGCAGCAGGAGCAGGAGCGGGAGCAGCAAUGGAUGGAUGUGCAGCUCAAAGAAGUGUAAAUGCUGCAGCAGCAAAUGCUGCUGCAGCAGCAGCAGAAACUGCAGCAGCAGCAGAAACAGCAACAGCAGCAGCAAAACCAAGCAGCAACAGCAGCAACAGCAGCAGCAACAGCAGCAACAGCAGCAGCAACAGCAGCAGCAGCAGCAGGGCCAAAGGAAGAAGCCAGCUGCAGCAGCAACAGCAGCAGCAGCAGCAACAACAGCAGCAGCAGCAGCAGCAGCAACAGCACAAAGGAGAAAUAUAAAUGACAGACAGCAGCAGCUGCUCGUCACCAGCAUAAGCAGCAAAAUGAAACACGUUGCUACCCUCGCCCAAGUCAUCCUGCAGCAGCAGCAGCAGCAGCAGCAGCAGCAGCAGCAGCAGUGGCAGCAGCAGCAGCAGCAGUGGCAGCAGCAGCAGCAGCAGAAGCAGCGACAGGAGGGAGAUGCGCAGCAGUUUGGGAGGGAAAACUACAAAUGA